GAUAACUGAUAACGAAGAAGCUCUCUAUCUAUUUAUUUAUUUAUUUAUUUAUUUUUUUCUUCAUCUGCUUCGCGGCCAUGGCGUUGAGAUCCACCGGAAGAAAGCUAUCGUUCGAGAUUCUGAGCAAAACCAGCUCUGUCGAAGAAGAAGACGAAGACGAACAAAACCAAAUCCACCGCUCAAUCUCCGAUCCAAUUCGAAACCAAUUCGCUUCCCAGGAAAAGCCGAAUCGGAAAAAGCGACGGAAAAAGAAGAAGACGAUCAUCGACUCCACCACGAUACCGGAGGAUCCGAUCGCCGAGAAAAAUCGAUUUGCUUCUGAUUCCGUUUUAGAUAAUUCCACAACUACAAACGCGGUCUCGGACAUUGUAAAUGUGUUUUCCGAGGACAGAGAAAAAAGCAGUUGCAAAAAUGGAUUGGAGAUGAAAAAUUUUAGGGUUUAUAGUGUAGGGACCGUUGUUUGCGAGGAGAGUGAAGGGAAUUUUCGAACGGUGACUAAGGUCGCUGCUGACACGGGGUUUCAGAAUUUGCGAGGUGGUGAGGCAUUUAAUCAUGGAGAGUUGAGACAGAGGACUGUGAAUGGGAGUGGAGGAAAUGAUGGAGUUGUUGAGGACGUGGGUUCGAGGGUUUGUAAUGAUGGGAAGGAGGAGAACAGCGCUGAGUUGGGUUCGACUGGGAAGCAGAGGAGCGAGCCCAAUGGGAGUGUUGCUCCGACGUUGGAGCCAUCUGGGUCGUUGGACUGGAAACGGCUCAUGGCAGAUGAUCCCAAUUAUUUGUUUUCGGUUGGAAAAUCACCAAUGAAGUACUUCAUGGAAGAAAUGUUCAGUGGAAAUUCGCUGCGGAGCACAACUACUCUUGGUAAUGAGAAAGAACGAGAGAGAGUUUAUGAUACAAUCUUCCGCUUGCCAUGGAGAUGUGAAUUGCUCAUAGAUGUUGGCUUUUUUGUCUGCUUUGAUUCAUUCCUUUCAUUGUUAACUAUCAUGCCAGCAAGAGUUUUGAUGACCUUUUGGAGGCUUCUAAAUGCAAGGCAGUUCAAGAGGCCGUCUGCAGCUGAGCUGUCUGAUUUUGGCUGUUUUAUUAUAAUGGCUUGUGGAGUAAUUCUUCUGGAGCGAACAGAUAUCAGCUUAAUAUAUCACAUGAUUCGUGGUCAAGGAACAAUCAAAUUAUAUGUGGUCUACAAUGUGUUGGAGAUAUUUGACAAGCUAUGUCAAAGUUUUAAUCCCGAUGUAUUGCAAACUCUAUUUAAUUCAGCAGACGGUCUUGCAAACUCUCAACCAGAAAACAUGAGCUUUUGGAUUUGGAGAUACAUUUACGACCAGGGUUUAGCUCUGGCUGCUUCCAUUGUUCAUUCAUUUAUCUUGCUAGCUCAGGCAAUUACUUUGUCCACCUGUAUCGUGGCUCAUAAUAAUGCUUUGCUGGCUUUGCUGGUGUCAAAUAACUUUGCUGAGAUAAAAAGUAAUGUAUUUAAGCGAUAUAGUAAGGAUAACAUUCAUAGUCUUGUAUACUUUGAUUCAGUAGAGAGAUUCCACAUUUCAGCAUUUGUCUUAUUUGUUUUAGCUCAAAAUAUUCUGGAGGCUGAGGGUCCCUGGUUUGAAAGCUUUCUCUUUAAUGCUCUCCUGGUAUACUUCUGUGAAAUGGUUAUUGAUAUCAUAAAGCAUUCCUUCAUUGCCAAAUUUAAUGACAUUAAGCCCAUUGCAUAUUCUGAGUUUCUUGAGGACCUUUGCAAACAGACUUUAAAUUUACAAACUGAAGAUGCCAAGAAAAACCUCACUUUUGUCCCACUGGCACCAGCUUGUGUGGUCAUUCGAGUGUUAACUCCUGUAUAUGCUGCUCUCAUCCCCUGCAAUCCCCUUCCAUGGAGGCUAUUUUGGAUUUUCCUCCUGUCUGCCAUCACCUUUGUAAUGCUCACUAGUCUCAAGGUGAUGAUAGGCAUGGGCCUACAGAAACACGCCACUUGGUAUAUCAAUAGGUGCCGGAAAAGAAAACACCAUCUCCAUUCUGAUUAAGUUAGAAGGAAGAAACCUUUACACAUAACCAGUCCUAACUGAUCUGGCUGCUGAUGGUUGUUUUGUUUUUGCCUGUGAAACCGACAUUGAUAAGUUAAAGAUCAAACCCUUUUUGCACAUGUUUGAGGACAGCAUCAGCCAGAGCAGCCCAGCGUCUGGUUUUUUUUAAGUUAUACAGGGUUUUUACCUCUCAGUUUUGUCGCAAAAGAAAGCUUUACUUGCUCAGUCAGGAAUCGGCUGUGUAUACAAAUGUAACUAUAUGCCGCGUUACAUUGUCAUAUCUAUUAUGUAAGUGUUCUAAUUCAGGUCUCGGUCGAAUAUUUUUAAAAAAAUUAUAAUGCUAUUUGAUAGAGAAAAAAAUAAUAAUAAUAUUUUCUUUUCUUCUGAUUA